GCCGGAGGUGGGGGUGAAAGACUGGAAGUCGGAUAACUGAAUGUCUCGGAAGGAUGCGGAUUACUGUAACUCUCCGGCUUGCUUGUCAACCAACAGUGGUUUCGGUCGUUUGACAUGAGAAUGUGCGGCACAAACGACCUAGGCCUGCGGUUUGUAGAAGCAAGGAGCCUCACAAUAUGCGUGACACCGAGCGUUUGCCCUGCUUGACAAAUAGUGAAUUGAUUUCCAGCUGUUUUGUUUUGUCAUUUUACGUUCGAGGUGUAAAAUUGUAUUAUUUCCCCACAACUAAACGGGAAGAAAACCAGAGGAGAUAAAGUCACCCUGUGAUUUGUAGUGCAACUGCCAUCAUGGUUUUAGCCGUCGUUUUAGCCUCAUCGCCAGCUGAUCUCUGAUGUGCCUCUGCAGACUGGACGUCCAACUGUGCGGAGCGUCAGAACCAAAACAUACCAAAAACACACAUCGUUAACAGAGUUUUAGCAUGGAGGGGUCUACGUUACAGCCUCGGUGUUUGAAAAGUCUGUUUAUAUGGACGACUUUGUGUCUGCUCAGCCACGGUCAAUCCACGCCGGACGCCUCGGGCCUGCCUUUCGCCAUCCGCGUACCACUGCGACAAGGCGCUCUUGCUGAGAAGCCAUCGCAGCUGCCACCUGCCGCUGCUUACCGCAAGCGCGACAACGCGGCGAAUCGUAGUGCGCGGAAGCGGAGAGGAGCGGCAGCGAGCGGCAUCAGCUUUGUGGACAUGGUUGAUAACCUGCGUGGGAAGUCCGGUCAAGGAUACUACGUUGAGAUGGCUGUUGGCUCUCCUCCGCAAAAGUUGAACAUCCUGGUGGACACAGGAAGCAGUAACUUUGCUGUCGGGGCCGCUGCUCAUCCCUUCCUGCGCAGAUACUACCAUCGUUCACUCUCUGGCUCCUACCGUGAUCAAGGCAGGAGUGUGUAUGUUCCUUACACCCAGGGUCGCUGGGAGGGGGAGCUGGGAACGGACCUGGUCUCCGUCCCACACGGGCCCAACACCACGCUGCGCGCCAACAUUGCUGCGAUCACCCAGUCAGAUCGCUUCUUCAUCAACGGAUCCAACUGGGAGGGAAUCCUGGGACUGGCCUACGCCGAUAUAGCCCGGCCUGACGAGACAUUGGAGCCUUUCUUCGACUCUCUGGUUCGGCAGACUCCUGUUCCCAACCUUUUCUCUCUGCAGUUGUGUGGAGCAGGCUUCACCCAAAACUACUCCCUGGGUAACGCUACUGUUGGUGGCAGCAUGAUCAUUGGCGGAGUGGACCCGUCCCUGUACGUGGGAGAGCUUUGGUACACUCCAAUCCGCAGGGAGUGGUACUAUGAGGUCAUCAUCGUACGCAUUGAGGUGAACGGACUGGACCUGAACAUGGACUGUAAAGAGUACAACUAUGAUAAGAGCAUCGUGGACAGCGGCACCACUAACCUUCGUCUGCCUAGGAAAGUCUUCCAGGCUGCAGUCAAGGCUAUUGAAGCGGCCUCUUCGACAGAGCAGUUUCCCUCCGAGUUCUGGCUGGGGGACAGGCUGGUAUGUUGGCAGGCUGGUACUACACUCUGGCACAUAUUCCCAGUCAUCUCCCUCUACCUGAUGAGUGAAAACCACAACCAGUCCUUCAGAAUCUCCAUCCUGCCGCAGCAAUACCUGCGGCCAGUAGAGGACGUGGCUUCCGCCCAGGAGGACGUGGCUUCCGCCCAGAAGGACUGUUACAAGUUUGCCGUGUCCCAGUCCAGCACUGGUACAGUGAUGGGGGCUGUCAUCAUGGAAGGAUUCUAUGUGGUGUUUGACCGAGAAAAGAAACGCAUCGGCUUUGCAGUCAGCACCUGCCAUGUGCAUGAUGAGUUUCGCACAGCCUCUGUGGAAGGCCCGUUCCACGGCGUCGACCUCGAGGACUGCGGCUACAACAUCCCUCAGACCGACGAGUCCACUCUCAUGACCAUCGCCUACAUCAUGGCAGGAAUCUGCGCUCUCUUCAUGCUGCCGCUGUUUCUCAUGGUGUGUCAGUGGCGCUUCGCCCGCUGCAUCCACCCACACGGGGACUUCGCUGAUGACAUAUCGCUCCUGAAGUAAAGGCCGAGAUGAAAGGCGACAAAAGGAGUCGUGCAGACCAGCAAGGGUGGAUUUUGGGAGAAAUAGAUGAGCGUUGUUCCAAAAUGCGGGUGCUGUUGAAAGAACUUUGAAGAGGUUUUUCAGGAAUGUAAUAUGUAAAGUGUAGAAAAUGCUGACAUAGUGAUUGCACAGUGAACAGAUCAAUUGAGGAUAACUAGAGCCAUUAUUAACUGGGGGAGAAAGUUGGUCUCGUCAGCAUCUACUUUGACUGUUUAAGCUACCUAUGCAGAAACAGCGUUGGGUAAAGACGAAACAAAAUAACACUUGGUAAAAAUCUUUAUUAUAGUGUUUAAAAAGUUACAGAAGAUGGAUUGAAUUUGUCAUUUUGAAGAAAGCUGUCUCUUAACAUUGCAGAGUUCAAAAAACAGUGGAUUUAGGUAAAAUAGAGAGAAAACUGAUAAUUUAACAGUCAUUGCUUAUUGAAGAAACACAUCCUGGAUAUGAAUACAAGAUGGGAAACCAUUGUGUGUGUGUGUGUGUGUGUGUGUGUGUGUGUGUGUGUGUGUGUGUGUGUGUGUGUGUGU